AUGGCCGAGACUAUAAUCAUAUCGGUAGCACCAAAAGAAGAGUCGAAUGAAGCCAAUGGCAUGGGAGCCAGUAAACCCGCAGAGAUAAUCCCUUUUCUGUACCUUGGUAACGAGAGAGACUCUGCCGACUUGACUCUACUCAGAAAACUCGGCGUCUCCAAGGUGCUGAACGUGUCAAGGAACUGUGUCAACCAUUUCCCCGAAUAUUUUGAAUACCUGAACGUUCCAGUGGAGGAUCGGGUGUAUGCGGAUAUUUCACAGCAUUUCAACAAAGCUCUUCAGUUUAUCGAACACGCCCGAAGUGAAGGUUGCAGUGUAUUGGUACAUUGUAGAGCAGGAAUCUCGCGGAGCGCAACUGUUAUCAUUGCAUAUUUGAUUCAGUACUACGACUACAGUAUGGAGGAAGCUUUCGACUUCAUCAAAGUAAAACAUCCAGUCGUGUCCCCCAACUUCAACUUCAUGGGACAACUCCUACAAUUCCAGAAUCUCCACCGUACCAAGAAGAGUGAGGGAAGUACUCCUGAACUAUUCGAGCGUCAGGAGGAGGAAGAGGAGGAGGGCGGGGACAACCCCGCGCUUGCAGACAACCUUGACAGUGGUCUGUUCGCUGAUCCUGGAGGAGAUGUUCUGGAGGAGUUUCCUGUGUUAGAGUUACAACCAGUCCCCCUCCCCUCCAAACACACGUCUUUCUCUUUCGGAGAGUGACGUCAUGAGCUUAGUGACGUCACACUAUGACGUCACCAUGACGUCAUCACCGCGUCUCUUUGUGUGACGUCUUACUAGGAUAACUUUCAGUGAUGGCCUGUGUUUUUGUGUUGAUAACGUGUCAUCAUUUCAUAUAUAUGACUACCCAAUCUCCCCAACAAACAGUUGGUAGGAGGUCGGGAUUUGUUUGAGGACAAUUAGUUGCCGUUGACAAAACAAAUAGUGGUCCAAGUGACACUUGGACAAGUUAAAAUCUUAUAUCUUAGUGCGACUAAUCGUCCUCGGAGUUUUAAGAUUACGUUUCUGUAUAUAAAAUGUACGCUGAUGUUUACUAAUCUGAUAUCGCACCGUUAAAAAAAUGUUGUUUAAUAACCUUUUCAAGUUUUAUAUUUGACAACCAGAAUUUUUGAAUAUUUUAACGUUUCACGGCUUACAAAACUUCAAUCCACAAGCUUUAAAAGAUAUAACGUUAUUUUGAUAAGAUCCAUAAACACUUAUUAUGAUAAUCUUAAUUUGAUCAUCACUUUUAAGUGCUUAACAUUUUAUUUUUAUGAAAACAUAUUUUCACCAAAAACAUGUUGACUGCUCAUUAACAGGGAUAAUUAAUCGUUUUGUAUUUAUUUUUAUGUGCAAGUAUGUGGUCUCGGGAAGGUAUGAAGCUGGACGGGGCAGGUAAUUUAGGGUGACAACUACCGCUGUGCAGCGACCAAUUUGAAAUUCAACUAUGAAAUGCGAGAAAGCAUUGAGUUGGCUGAUUGCAGGAGUGUACAGAAGCUAGUUCAGGUGUUGUUCAGAGUUCAGUUUCAGCAAGUCUGUCGGACAACUGGUCAUCUUUUAUUUGAAAUAUUCACCAUAACUUGAUUAU